GCGUAAUCAUUAUGAUUCAUGUAGGAUUAUGUUGUAAAGUUGCAGCAACGGGUAGUUCGCAAAUGAUUCGCAAGUUAUUACAAGCAACGAAGUCUGAUGAGAUUCAAUCGCCGCAGGAAGAAACGUCUAAUAUGGAUUUAAUUUUGAAGCGGAGCUCGGAUAAUUUUCAAGAAUUAGAAAAAAUCGCAAAUACACAAAGUGAUUCUUCGUUGAACAGAAAGUCGAAAAUUUUGAAGAGCUUAGCGUUUCUGGCUGGUUUGAGUGUCGGUGAUUUGGCCGGUGCAGCAUCGGCGGAUGUAAAAGCUUAUACUAAACUUCCACUGGACAUACACCCCGGUGUCCCCAGAAUUCCACCUCAAUUCGCUGCAAUUUACAAUCCCUAUCCUUACGUCAUGCAUCCUUUCGUACUCGCCACUCCUUUCGGAUUCUAUUCGCCGUUGGAUCCCCUGCGAUUCGCAGUGCAAAAUAGCUUGAUAAAAAAUCCGCUGCCAUCCAACGCUUUUGACAAUGCCAAGCCGACGACGAUGACUGAGAUUAACGACGAGUACGUGGAUGAAGCCAAGAAAGUCGAAGAUAUCAAGAUUAAUGAGGAUAAGGAGAGAAACGAAAAGAACGCGGAAGAGAAGGCGCCUGGCACCGGUUGCAUUCUACAUAAAGGAAUGAGGAACGACGAAGAUUCAUUAAAAACACUAAAUUUGCGAGCUGCAAAUACAACAGAUCCUGUCAAUCAAACUGUAACGAAUACAACUGUAAUGCCUAAUGCACAAAACCAAACUUCGAUGAAUAAUUAUACGUACCCACCAUUUUUUUACGGUUAUUACGAUGGAAACCCGCAAAACGUGCACCACAUUGAAUUUACUACAGUAGCGUAUGACCAUAGAUAUCAUGAUUAUGAACCUAUUAAUUAUAACUUACCUUCCUAUAACAAGCCAGUAAAUUUUUAUCCGGAUGAACGAUACAACUAUUAUCCGUUUUCAUCUGCUGACCCUUACGUGCCGAGUCAUUAUCAUCAAGACCAAAUUCCUGAAUACCAUUCUAACGACUACAAAAGAUUUUUCUACAAUUCUGAUAACGCACCAUCGUUUACCAACACUGAUUUCAGACCCGUGGCGUAACCGUUGUAACGUGUCCAUUGUGCAAUUAUGUAAAACAUGUUCCUGAUAGAUAAAAUAAAUGAGCGUUUUUACUGA